AUGUUGUCUCACACGCGCCUCGUCUCCUCAUGCCGCCAAACAUCUUCUCUUCUCAAAUACAAACCCAACUUUACCAUCCAUAAAUCCUCUCUUGUCAACCACAAACCCAAGUUCGCAAUUCGCACCCUCGCAACACAAGCUAAAUCAAUCAGCAUGUCUUCUAUGAAUGCCAUAAACCCAAAGAAGGAGGGCGAUAUAUCUUCGGUCUUCGUCUCACUCUCUGGCGCCAAGCCUACACCACUUCCGGAACGUUUUGCUGAUAUCAAGCGCAACCUUAUCCGUGGCCACGAGGAGGCCGUUCAAGCAUCUUUCACUCGCCUUAUUGAGCAACUUGCGAUUGAGAAUCGAAAGGUCGCGGAAUUGGGCCCGAGCAUAAUCCCAAGUGUGACUUUCAAGGAUGUUCAUGAGAAGAACGUAAGUGAGCAGCAGUUGAAAGAUAUGAGAGAUAAGGGUGCACUUGUUAUUAGGGGCGUCAUGGAUGAGACAACUGCGAGACGUUAUAAGCAAGAGGUCGAAGAUUAUGUCAAGUUGAAUCCUAGUACUAAGGGCUUCCCAGCCAAUGAUCCACAAGUCUACGAGCUCUACUGGUCACCACCACAAGUUAAAGCUCGUGGUCAUCCUAACAUGAUCAUUGCCCAAAAGUUCCUGCUCAAUCUCUGGCACUCCGCCGAUCCCAACUCACCAAUUUCCUUUUCUCAACCACUCACCUACGCUGACCGUGUUCGCAUCCGUCAACCUGGUGAUGCUAUCUUUGCUCUUGGUCCUCACGCCGAUGGCGGAUCUGUUGAACGCUGGGAACCCAAUGGCUAUGGUAUCAACGGAGUAUAUGACGCUAUCUUCCAAGGAAAGUGGGAAGAAUUUGAUCCUUUCGAGUCUUCAUCACGUGUAUCCGCUGUUAGCGAUCUCUAUCAUGGUGGAGGAAGCUGCUCCAUGUUUCGUAUGUUCCAGGCCUGGCUCGGCAUGUCCCGCACUGCGCCUGGAGAAGGCACAUUGAAGGUCAAUCCACUUAUCAAGCUUUCCACCGCUUACUUCUUGCUCCGACCUUUCUUUGAGCCUAUUAAAGAAUUGCCGGAGGGAAAGGAAGACAAGUAUACUGCGGAGUAUCUCAGUCCCGAGAAUUGGAAAUUGAUCCCAACUGAUCAAAUGAGCACUGCUCUUCAUGGUGCUACUCCAAGUCAUGGACAGGAGAUGACCGAAAAACUUCACCCACAUCUGGAUCUGAAGAAUACCAUGGUUCAUAUUCCUAAGAUUAACCCAGGUGACUACGUUGCUUGGCACUGUGAUAUGAUCCACGCCGUAGACAAAACUCAUGCUGGUAAAUCUGACAGUUCCGUCCUCUAUAUUCCCGCCUGCCCUCUCACUCCUAUCAAUGCCGAAGCACUCGCCCGUCAACGCGAUACCUUUCUCUCCGGCGUUCCAGGCCCAGAUUUCCCAGGUGGAAAGGGCGAGAGUGAGCACAUUGGUCGACCAGGUCUCGAAGAAGUUGAAUCCUGGACCGGUGAAGAGGGAUUGAGAGCUAUGGGCUUGAGCAAAUUUGUUGUUGAAAGUGAGAAGGGAGCUGGUGUUGAAAAGGCUGUCGAGAUCGGAAAUAAAUAUUUGGGAUUUUAGACGAAUGUGAACGGACUGGUGAUUGUUUGACGGAAGACAGGAUGGGAAGGGACAGGACAACUAUCUCAUGACAGUGGUCUCGAAUUGCCAUUAGGAGUUAUUUAUGAUGGCGCAAGGAUGGAACGGCGUGGGAUUACCUUCUGCAAAUCCAAAUUUGAGAUUUCUUUCCUUACAUUGAGGAAUGAAAUGUCAGAUUGGGGAUUUACUCAUUUCACUAUCGGGAAGGGAAAAUUGACAUUUUAGCAAAGCUCAAUCGUGGGACACAUUGAGCAGUGACUCGCAAAAG